ACACCAAAUACGCGCUAUAGGAGGGGUAGUGAGACCAUUAAAAGGUUCCAGAAAACCAAUCAACUAGCCAUAGUCAUACCAUCGACUGUAUCUGAGGAAGAGGAGAAAGGAAGAAAUGACAGCGUAUUGCGCUUGGCCAAUAUUAUUACACUGGCUCUACGUCUAGAAGAGAUUGGGGAAUUGCAAAAGGUUCAAGAGGACGCAAAGGUUCGCACUGCUACAGCAGAAUCGAAGGUUUUUGAGGCUAUACUUGCAGAAAACAACGUCAAAGUGGCACAGGAUGCUGUAAAGAGCUGUAUUCAGGAGCAUUUCUCCAAUCACCGCACAGGAGGAAUUAUGAGACCUUAUCGAAGAUCAGUCAAAGAAGCCCAGGACGUUGUGAAGGUAUCCAUAGAGCAACGAGAGGAUGUAGAGGAGCAAGCAGCAGCAUUGGGACUAUGCGAUUCUAUUGUACAACUUUAUAACAUCCUCAGAAAGGGAGACGC